AUGACAAUGGACAUUCAAAACAACUAUCAAAGUUACAAAGAAGCGUCGCCAGACUCUAAGGACAGUAACUUAAGUGUUGAAAGUGCAAGAACUACACACGUCGCAAAGACCGAUAUGCAAUCAACUGUUGUGAGCCAAGGUAAAACUUCGAAGAGAUCUUUUGACGUCGCUUUUCUGAUGAUGCCGGAUGAAAAGGUCCGCCAGAAACCACCUGAAAGACAGCUGAGAGUAUCAAAGCAAUUAUUUAAUAGUGAAGAAUGGGAGCAACCAGUAAAAAGAACUCCUGAUAUUUACAAACAUAACGAAUAUUCUAACGAUAACACGAUGGAUUCCAAAGAUCAAGAUGAUGACAGCAUUCGAGUGAACAAUAACAUAUCUCCAAGUUUUGGCUCAGACAUAAAUAUAGAUGUCGGAACGGAUGAGUACCCAAAUAAAACUAUGUAUUGCAGUGAUUCGGAAAACUCGGACCGAUCUAGAAGUCGUCCUAAUUCCAACGAAAGUGCGGCUAGACAGCCGAAGUUUUUGCCUGAAUAUAAGAACAAAAUAUUUGACGACCCAAUGUUAAUUAGCAUGCAGACAAGAGCAAGGUAUGAAAGUCGGUUUUCUGAUAAGUUACCUGAAAUGUCUCCUAAAAGUGCUUUUACUAAAGUUUCUAACUUUAGUGUCAGAUCGCCAAAUCCUUCAGUUAGUCCUGACAACCUUUUAUAUCAGAAUUCUGUCAGCCCACCAUUGUCAGCCGCCAGUCCACCAUCCACAUCUUUCAACAAAACUUCGGGCUUCAACAAUUUACUCACACCAGCACAUUUACUGAGCGGAAACAAUUUUUUCAAAACCCAGAAUGUACCGUCGUCGUCUCCGAAUUAUCCUGAAUCCGCAACAAUGCAGCAACGUUCCUCUUCAUUUAACAAAAAUAUGGAUUACACAGAAAAGCAAGGAGAUCAAAAAUCAGCUCACAUGACCCCAAAUAAACUGAACUUUCUUCCAUUCAGACCUGAGAUUCCAUAUCUUCAAGCAGGCGCUUCUUAUCCGUUUGGCGUUCAAAACUUUCAGCAGCCCAAUGCAGAUUUUAUGAAGUUUCCAGUUCCGCCAAGAGAACCUGUUAAUCCACUGAUAGCUAAUCCGGCUGCGGCUAUAUUAAGUACACUUUUGCCACCAACAUUGGCAGCAUUUUCAUUGCCCGCACAAAAUGUCUGUGCGAAGUGCAGUAUAAGUUUCCGAAUGACAUCCGAUUUGGUUUACCACAUGCGUACACAUCACAAGAGUGAAUCACAGGCUGAUCCACAUAAGAGGAAAAGAGAGGAAAAACUAAAGUGUCCUGUUUGUAAUGAAAGUUUUAGAGAAAGGCACCAUCUAACCAGACACAUGACAGCUCAUCAAGACAAAGAGGGGGAUAUGGACGAUGUACCCUCUGCACAAAGUUUUAGCAAGAAGACCAAACAAUAUUAUCCUAAUGGCUCCCUCGUCCACAAAUGA